AAUUUUCGUACUCGUUGAUAACCUCACAGUAUUUUGGGUCAAGUGGAUUUGUUCAUGUCAUUAUAACCAUGAUACUAAUACGAUUACUACUAUUACUUUUUGAUUGACUACGAUUUGUCUUUCCCUAUUGAAACAAACAAAAUAAAACAGGAAUGGAUCGUUUUAUGGAAGAACAAGAAAAGGACGCUCUUGCUGAGGUGAAUACAUUGGUAGCAGAACAUCAAGAUGAACUUGAAAGAAUGUCAUUAGCAUAUGAACGGAAAAUCAAUGAGUUAAAGGUAUAGACCCUUUUUUUUCUUUUUGUAAUAAAUUCUUAUAUAUUUAUAUAAUAUAUAUAGAUGGAACUACAAGUUGCCGAGAAUAGAGCACAACAGCAACAAUCAACAUUGACGGAACAAUAUCAAAAACUUAAAUUGGAUUAUGAUAUAUUAUCUCAACAGCAUCAGGAACAAUGUCAAAAUCGGCUUGCUCAAAUGAGCAUGGAUUAUGAUACACAAAAACAACAAAUCAAUGCCUUACGGAAUCAAAUUCAAGAACUUCAAACUCAUCUUGGAUGGAAGGAUGCAACAGUCUUAUUGACACCAUCUUUAUCCGAAAAUAAUGACGACAAUCAUCAUCAUCAACUACCCUCUCCUGUUUCAGCAUCAACGUCAUUACCAACACAAACUACUGACAAUAAUGAUCAUUCUGCUCUCGAACAAAGUAAUAUUCAAACAAAAUACACUGAUGUCCAAUUGCAAUCGAAGGCUAUUCAACAACAACUGUUAUCAAGUAACGACGUUUUAGCCCAACAACACAAAAAGGAAUUAGAGUUUCUACAUAACCAGUAUCAACAAGCAGUGGAUAUCAAGGAUCAAGAAUUGGAAGCAUAUUCAUAUCGUGUGACAGGUCUGAUUGUCAAUCGACAGAAAGAUUUGGAAUCUUGUCGUGUCAAAGCCGAUGAUCGCAUUCAUGCAUUGGAACAUCAAAUUGAAGGUUAUCAGGAAAUCAUUCGAAGUGACAAUGAAGAAAUAACGGCACUACGAUCUCAACUGGAUGUAUUGGAGCAACAAAUGAAUCAAGGUGGAUAGACUAUUACAGCAAAAAAAAAAAAAAUCACAUUGACUCAAGGAAGAGAGUGGAAUGAGGAAUGAAUAGAAUCAAGUGUUGAUUCUAUAAUAUUAUAUAGUUUAGAUAUCCAUACUAUUAUCAUCCCUUUUGUUAUCAUCGUAUCAUACAAAAUAAAAAAAAA